GAAGAAGAAGAAGAAGAAGAAGAAGAAGAAGCAGAAGCAGAAGCAGAAGCACCACCCCCACACUUUACGCUUUGUGACUAAUGCAGAUUUAACACACACAUGGGAUCAAUCACCUCAAAGCAUUGCAUUGCGUCCAGUUUAACAAACGAUUGAAUUGAAGUAAUUAUUUAAUCAACGAAACGGGGAGCUGCACUUCUGCACACCUUUGAGCAGCAGUAUGAUGCAGGCAGGAGUCUGUCUGAGACAGGACACUGAGACAACACUACCAGAGCCCACUGAGCAGCACAGGAUCAGACUGAAAGAAGAGGAACUCAGUGGACUGGAGUCAGAGACAGAGUGUGCUGCACCAGGACUCAACACACUGGAGCCAGAGUGUGUUACUGCACACAGCGGGGUCAGUGAUGUACACCACACACACACAUCAGUGAUAAAAACAGAAGCUGAUCUGGGCUCCACCCACACUGGGGAUCUUAUUAAGACGGAGAGCCCUGAAAGGACAGAGCUGGGAUAUGAAACCCGUCUGCAUCCUGACCAAAUCAAAACAGAGACUGAAGAUGGAGGCUACCUUCAGGCAGAACACAUCAGUGACUUGCUGGAUAUUAAAUGUGUUCAUAUUAAAUCUGAAGAAUUGAAGUGUGAAUCCAGUGAAAGUCUCGUGAGUGAUCUUAAGAACACUGGGAUGGCUGGAGCCGGAGACCCUACUGAACCAUGGCAAUGUGCCGGAGAGCCAAUACUAAACUGUAAAAAAGAAGAAAUUCAUGAUCUGCCGACCCAAUAUGGGGACUUAAACGAUCACUGUGACAUAAAGGAUAAUAAUAAUAAUACAGGAAUUGUCCAGAAUAUACAUAUUAGCACCAGUCAGAUUAAUUGCCAGAUAACUAAUGUGGCAACUGAACCCAUGAAAAUUAAUUCAAGUGAAACUCCGAUGCUUUUCAAUGCUUUUCAAAAGAACACAAUUCAUAGAAAUGAAGGUGAAAUGAGUACAGGUGAAAAAUCUUACAAAUGUACAUGCUGUGAGAAGAGUUUUAAUACUAAGUCUGGUUUAUAUCGGCACAACAGGGUUAGUACGGGUGUAAAGCCCUUCAAGUGCACUGUGUGUGGGAAGUGUUUCACCGACCCAAGCUCAUUAAAUCGUCACAGCAUGAUUCAUACGGGAGAAAAACCGUACAAAUGUAUUGAGUGUGGGAAGUGCUUUUCAGGAACAAGUGCUUUAAAUCACCACAAGAGAAUUCAUACAGGUGAAAAGCCCUACAGGUGUGAUUACUGUGGGAUCUGCUUUUCCGUAAAAUCCAAUUUAACUACCCACCAGAGAAUUCAUACAGGUGAAAAGCCCUACAAAUGUUCUCAGUGUGGGAAGUGCUUUUCCCAAGCAGCUGCUUUGCAUCAGCACAGGAUGAUUCAUACGGGUGAAAAGCCCUACAAAUGUAUUGAGUGUGGGAAGUGCUUUUCCCUAAAAAGUGCUUUAAAUCACCACUUGAUGGUUCAUACAGGUGAAAAGCCCUACAAAUGUAUUGAGUGUGGGAAGGGCUUUCCGCUAAAAAGUGCUUUAAAUCACCACUUGAUGGUUCAUACAGGUGAAAAUCUAUGCAAAUGUAUGCAGUGCAGUGUUUUACCAAAAAAAGUACUUUAAUUCACCACAUGAAGAUUCAUACAGGUGAAAAACCCUAGAAUUAAUGAACUCAGUGUGGGGAAAUGCUUUAAUAUACAAUCUAAUGAAAACAUUUACCUGCAUGUUCACCUGCAUGUUCACAUGAAUGUGUGAAGCCCUCCCCCUUUUUGUUUUUUGUUUCAAUACUAAAUAUUCCUCAGGUCGGGGCAACACAAC